ACGCGCAACUCCAAUGAAAAACGAUCAGUCGCUCCUCGACUGUCGCGGCGCGCGCACGCAUGACAGACCCGCGCCUCAUAAUACAAAUAACUUACAUAUUUAUUUAUUACAACUUCUUUUUAUGCAAAAUUCUAAAUUAUUCCCUGAAAAAACUAUUGAGGAAUUUAGUUGACGCUUUCGAGCUGGAGGAUGAGUGACUUGUGAUAAUAGUGCUGUUAUUUAUUCAAUCUGUGAUAUUAGUGUUAUUUUUUAUUUAUUGUUAAUUUAUUCAAUAUGAAGCAGCAAACUGGAGUUAUUACUAUUCAUCAAAUGCGCCUGCAUCGCUGUGAGGGCUGCCUCGCGGCGUGCCCGCCGCGCCGGGCGCCGCUUGCGGACUAUCCCCGCAGUAUUUUCAAAACCACGUUGUGCAAGCGACGCCGCUCGCCCUACCCGAUGAGCAACAGCAAAUCGAACUGUACCAAGAUGGCGGACCCCACGCCGCCCACGCCACCUGACAAUAAUGCGCCACCAAUGCCCUGGUUCGGAAUGGACAUCGGCGGCACCCUGACCAAACUCGUCUACUUCGAGCCGCGAGAGACAAACCGUCGAGAACUCGACAAGGAAACAGAGGUCCUCAAGAACAUUAGGCGGUACCUCACGAGGAACUCCGCGUAUGGCAACACUGGGAGAAGGGACGUCCAUUUACAGAUGGACAACGUGACGAUCCGCGGCCGCCGCGGCACCCUCCACUUCAUCCGCUUCCCCACCACGGAGGUGGGGGCGUUCCUGCAGCUCGCCCGGUCUAAAGGCAUGGCCGCGCUCGUCAACACCAUAUACGCCACGGGCGGCGGUGCCUACAAAUUCGAGGAAAACUUCAUCAAGGAAGUGAACAUGCACCUCCAAAAACUGGACGAACUGGACGCGCUAAUCGCCGGACUGCUGUUCGUCGACGCGUGGCAUUCGGCCGAGUGCUACUACUGGGCGCCGCCGGACUCGGAGCUACUUCACCACAAUACUAGUAACACGCCGCCAUACCUCGAAGCAGCCCUGAGUCUUUAUGAGCGACAGCCGUUCGACUUCUCGAACCCGUACCCGUUCCUGCUGGUGAACAUUGGCAGCGGCGUCUCCAUACUGGUUGUGAACGGCCCUAACGACUUCUACCGAGUCAGCGGCACCAGUCUUGGCGGCGGCACAUUCCUCGGCCUCUGUUGCCUGCUAACCGGCUGCAGCAGUUACGAAGAGGCCAUAACGCUGGCGGCCUCCGGUGACAACACUACGGUCGACAAGCUGAUAAGAGACAUAUACGGCGGGGAUUAUGCGAGGUUCGGCCUCUCCGGGGACCUUGUAGCUAGCAGUUUUGGACAAAUGUGCACAGCGGACCGGAGAGCCAAGGUGUCCCGGGAGGACCUGGCCCGGGCUACGCUGGUCACCAUCACCAACAACAUCGGUUCCAUAGCGCGGCUGUGCGCCAGCAACCAGAAUAUAGAGCGGGUGGUGUUCUGUGGAAAUUUCCUACGAGUGAACCCUCUAUCGAUGAAACUUCUCUCAUACGCCAUGUCGUACUGGUCGCGCGGCGCGCUAAAGGCGCUCUUUUUAGAGCAUGAAGGAUACUUCGGUGCCGUGGGCUGCCUGCUGCAGCUGGACGCGCACUACCGCAAGCCGCGCCCGCAGCCCGCGGCGGCCGACCGGUGAUCGCCGCGGGACCCGCACCCGCACGCGAGCCCGGCUACACGCCACUGGCCGAUCCACAACUACGGGCACGAAUGGAAUCAAUCACUGAACGAAAAUAUUUGUGUACGUAUCACAGUGUUGCCAGGUGUACGAUAAUUAUCGUACACGUACGAUAUUUUGGGCUCCCGUACGAUGUACGUUCCAAAGAGCAUUGUCGUUAAAAGUACGAUAAUUUCAGCCCUUGGACGAUGCCACGCAAAAAAUCUAGAUUUUGAAGCAAAAUAUGACAUUUUCAUUCAGAAAUAGACUAUAAUUAAGUGUUCGGCUCCUUGGUUUACGUCAAAAUCGUAAUUUCCUGUAAACCGUUUGGAUCUAUCACAAAAAUACACAAAUAUAAAACAGAUUUUUCUUUGAAUUCUUUCAUUGGACAUAAGUAGGCAAGCCGCUAGCGCCAGGCCGGGAAAACGCUAGGUUGAACAAAAAUAUACAUUGGACAUGUAAGCUUAUUUUGCAAGAAAUUUUAGGAGUGGCGCCUUUUUGAUACGUACGAUAUUUUUUUAAUUGGUACGAUAAUUUUAACACUCAAAUACGAUAAUUCUCUUCCGCUCACCUGGCAACAUUGGUAUUACAUCAACCAGUAAAAUGGCGGCUCUGACUGUACACCGAUAAUGUCACUCAUACAAUGAAAGCUUCCUUCCUUCCAUUCGUGGAUCGACCGGGGUUAUUACCGCGAAAAUCGAAGUUCGUCAAUUGCGGGCAUUUUUCUCAGUCACUCUUAUUAGGUCUCCGUGAGGGUAAAAGAGAAAGAUCCCCGCAAUUUGCGAAUUUUGGUUUUCGCGAUAGGCCCCCUGUUCUGAACGCUACAUGAGCGUGCUUGGACUUUACCCUCAAUCUUAAAACUCUGGACAUUUGUAUUUAUCAGAUACUACAAUGAAAGUUAUGAAUUAGUGAUUUUUCAAACAUACAACCAGAUCAAAUCACAUACUAAAGUACGAUUCCCACCGAACGGGUCGAGUCAUGGGCGUAGGCAAGGGGCGUCUGCCCCCCCUCCCCCCCCCCCCCCCUCCCUCUAGGCCUCCUGUGAUAUCAACUUGCCCCUCCUCCCUAGUUCACUGGCUGGCUGCGCCCUUGGGUGGAGUCGGAUCACAUUUCACAUUAGUACGGUCGGCUCCUCGCGGACGCGGCCGGCUCCGGACGGACUCUAUCGUUUCUGCCAUACAUAAUGUAUAUGCGCAUAUAAAUCCGCGCGGCCCGACUCCAGCCGGUCAGUGGGAGCCGUACAGUCACGUCUGAAAAUAUCGAUACGAACAAAGUGUCAAAAAUAUGUAUACACCACUUUAUUGCACAUGUAUUAAAAUGUAUACAUAUUUUUGGGCACUUUAUAGUACGUGUCUAUAUUUUCAGACGUGGACAUUACGCGGUAAGGCCGCCGUGACCUAGGUAUAUUAUAUCGAUGUAUUAAGAGGAAAACGGGCGACCGGUUCUCCAACAUAGUCCUCAUUAUCCUCCCUAAAUAUUGAAAUUAUGAAAAUAUGUUCAUUAAAUUAGAUGUUUAUUGUCUAUAGCUAUUUCCCAUCGUGAGUAAAAUAUACAAUAUUUUAGGUAAUUUUACCGUAUUUGUUCAAUACUAAAGAAAAUCGUACUCAGACCGGGCGGGGGCAGUUUGUAUGGCAGAUUUUGGUCUUUAUAGCUAAGUUAAUAAGGGUUAUAAUAGACAAUUUUACUUUAUGCUCUAGAGCGUAAUAAGCAAUUUUAAGCCGCUUACACGCGACUUCACGAGCAUGAGAAAUGAAAAGGUUGAAUGACGUUUUUGACACUCAUUUGAUAUUUACUUGCCUUAAAAAUGGUGCAGCUAAAUUGCAUUGUGGAUACCAGGUUUACAUUUCUUGACAUUGAUCAAAAUAUGCAUUGACUUAAAUAAAAUGCGUGGGGUGGUUGGUCAAAUCUGAGCAAAAGAGUUUUUGAGAUUGGAACUAUAUGUGACAUACGUGGAGUUCUUGAAUAGGCUUAGAAGAAGUUAAGUUCUUGAACAGGGUUCACACAGAGCGGGCAUACGCGCGAGGCAAUUUCCUCGCGCACAAAACGGCUAGUGUAGACGUGCCUCGGCCGAGGCGACGCACGCGUUUUUCUCGCCCGCGCGUAUGCUCGCUCUGUGUGGACCCGCCUAAUGAAAAAAUAUUUUGAUAUAUCGGUUUUGACCUCUCGAAUGUAUCUAUUUUAGACUGAAUAACGAGUUGAAAAUGUUGAAAUGUAAAGGUAUUAUUUUAAAAUCAAAUUCAUUUUCUUUGAAUAAAAUAUUUUUCACAUCACCUAGGAAAAGGGAUUUUUCUUCCCUGCUAGGAGAGAUCAAAGUGGCACUUUUCUGUCCAAGGACAGUAUUUUUUUAUAUUUUUGCAUACUAUUUUUUAAGCCCUCUUGCACAUGAGAGGAGGCCUGUGCCCAGCAGUGGGACGUAUAUAGGCUGAAUUAUUAUUAUUUUUUUUUUUUUUAAGCUGAAAUAAUAUUUUAAAACAAUAAUUUCCUCAUAGGUGAUGUGAAAAGCAGGGUGUGCCACAUGGUAGCAAAAUUAUUUCCAACUAGGGCGUUAACACUUGAAUCCCUCACUACGCUCGGAAUUAUAUUAUAGAAUCCAUCCAUCGCCACCGUAAAUAUGUCAUUUUGCUCCCUUGUGACAUAAUCUGCUAAUGAAAGGAUGAAUCAAAAAAAUUGUUUGGAAAUUUCAUUAUGAGUAUUAAUUGUUUGACAUGUUUUCUUUUAAAGAAAUAGUUAUAUUUCAUGAAGGUGUAAGUACAGUCAGUUAUAAGCAUAUAGCCACUGCUACGUUAUUUUGUAGCUGACUAUACCCAUGGUUGGCAUAGUUUGCCCGAAACUUGAAGAGACAAGUAUUUUUUCUUCGAGUAAUAUCGUUGUAAAUAAUGAAUUAACGAUCAUACAAAAAUGAUAGUAGCAAUAACUGUCAUACUAUGUCUUAUGCUAAAAUGCCUGUAAAAUAAUUAAUUUAUAGCAUAAUAUUGUUACAAAAAUACAUAUUAACUAAAUGACUGUACGUCAAGGUAUUAAAAUAUCGGCACGGACAAAGUGCCAAAAAUAUAUAUAAACGACCUUAUUGCCCAUACAAUAAAGUACGAUUAUUAUUCGAUUUUUAAUACCUUGACUGUACAUGUUUUUUUUUUAUAAAAUUGUAAAUCGUUUUAUAAAAUAUUUCAAUUUCAUUGUCAGCAAUAAUAGAGAUAUUAUAGGAAAUAAUAGUUUGCGUCGUCUCUUUCUCUCGCAUUGGCCAGAAAGAGAUAUGCUAUGUACAGUCAAUAGCAGAAGUAACUAAACGGGCCAAUUCUCCAAAAUUAUCUAAACACUUUUUUUUUAUAAGAGAGCGUGUAUAGCAAAUUUUGGACGCUUGGCCCUACCUACAUCUGCAGACUAUAUUUAUACGAAGGGAAAGCCUUUCAGGCAUAAAAUACUUAUCCAUGUGAAAAAUCAUUGUAAAAAGCAUAUAAAAGAAGAACAGAAGCGUCGUUAUACGAAUUUAAUCCUUAUUUUAACGCACGUAAGUCGCUAUUGCAUUGAUCCCGCUGACGGAAAUAUCCGUCACGGGUAAGAUGGUUAUAUACGGGGAUAGUGCUUAUUCGUGUUUUGUAGUAGUCAUUCCUGGAGGCACAAAUACGAUUUCCACUUUUAGAUGUAUUUUUGAUAUUAUUGUGAAUUUAUUUUGCGUGAAACGCGGGAGAGUGGGCGACAAAGUUAUUGAAAUCGAUUUUAAAACUUAUUUUACAGUACAUAUGGGGUUACUUUAUAGCACUAGUGCGAGAAGUAGCAUAUUAUGUUACUGUGUCGAACAUUUAAAGGGCCAUAUGUACUGUAAAACGUUGUACGAUACAUGUGCGAAUAGGUAAUUCGCAACUCGUGUCGAUUUAAAACACUCCCUUCGGUCGUGUUCCCUUUGUCGUCGGCCCUUUUCGCACUUGUAUCGUAAUGUACUAUUAUGCCAAAACUUACUUAGUAACAUGUUAUUUGUGCAACAUGAGAGCAAAAUUUGUUUUUGCUGUGAGUUUAUGUCUCGAGCGAACUACAAGUUUUAUAAUAAUUGAGUCUUGAAUUACAAAUAUUGAGAUUACAACUUUUUACAACAGCAGGGAGAAAAAGCUUUUUUGCGAAAAAGCUUUUUAAUUUGGGACAAAGUAACUUUUCCUCACUGCGCACAUUGAGCAAAAUGCGUUUGUGCUCUUCGGCGGAAGUAUUUUGCCUGAAGUGAAAAAAAAGUGGUUUGACUUAAUAAUAAUAAGGACCUCAUUAAUAUAUAUAAAAAAAAUAUUAAAAUUUUAUUCAAAUAUUAAGCUGUUCGGUAUAAAUUCUUGAGUUAAAAUCUAUUUUGAUUAUUAUUUGCUUUGACACAGCCCACUCUCGACAAUGUUUUUUUCCAAAAGUUAUGUAGUAAAAUAAUGUAGUUUAUAACGGGGGGUAAGAUUUUAUACGUCUUUUUAAUUUAUAUUUUUAUGGGUAAAGACUUGUGUUGUGAUAACGAGCGCAAAGCAGGGUGACAAACUUAACGUUUUAUUUAUUUUAAUAAAUUACCAAAACAGUUUUAUAGCUUUAACGCUUUAUUCCUUUAAAAUUCAUGUGUUAUCUGGUUUUAUACCCUAGAUAGUAAAAUAGCUGUUUAAUUGCCCUAUCUACCAAACAGAAUUUAAAAUGGAAGUGGAUUGUCAAAUAAAACUUUGUAGGUUAUGGCGCCAUUGCUCGAAACGAUGCGCCAUUCUGGCCUAUGCUCUAUUAACAAAUUUAACACAUAUCAGUGAAAGAAUAAGGAUCAAAGUCAAAUGGCGUUCUAAAAGUUUUAAUCAUGUGUCGAAAGAUGACAGUUAAUUUACUGUGUCUACAAAGUUUUCUUUGACAAUCCACCUCUAUUGCAAAUUCUCUUUGCUACUACCUAAUCUGUCUGGUCUUGUACUAAAAUUGGUACCUAAUAUGUCAGUUGCAUUGGUCAGAAUGGGUAGUAGAUUGGGCAAUCGAAAUAUCAUUUUGGUAUCUGGCAAACACUGUGUAACACGAGGAACACGAAAGAUUUUAACCACGCACUUCUCAGGCAAAAAAAGGGAAAAAUGUUAUAUGAGUUAGUAUAUUGGCCAAAAAUAUAUAUUAUUUUAAAUUUUGAAUGUAUUUGUACAUAAAAAGUUAAUGUUAUGGUAAAACUGGCACUAAAAAUGAAUUCUUACGAUUUUUUUGUGAAACUUAGAUUUUGCAAAGGUUACUUAUCACUUUUUGACAUCUAUCAAUAAGGAUAAUCUAUCAAUUAGACUACGCCCCAUAAUGGCAUCAUCGCCAUAAAAAGGCGUUUUGCUCUAAGUUACAAUAAGAUGUUUUUUUUUUAAUUGGUGUUAACUCUGAAACUAAGCGAAAGCCAGAAAAGUUUAUAUGACAUUUUAGUCUAUAAAUGUGAUCAGGAAUACACUGUUAAAAUCUUUCGGUUUCCUCAUGUUCACACCGGGUAUAAAAACAGUUGGUGCCAUACUACAUGUACCACCGGGUCAGCUGUUGAAUAUGGAUUUGAGUACAUGUACGUAUUUCAGUUCUUAGUCUAUAGUUGACGAAAUACACGAUUCAACAUAACGAGAGAUCGGUGGAAAUUAUGUUUCGUCAACCAUACUGUAUCAGUUGUCACUCUAGGUCAGUUACAUACAACUACUUAAAAUUGUGCCAGAAUUAUUACAUUAGAUAGAAGGUAAACGAUUUUGAGGUCUUUUUAUAGGGACCGUGCGCGUUGGAGGGUCUGCCAUCUUGUGGCCUGAAUCGGAACCAUAAACAUGCACAUUUACACGUCACGUGUUUUCUUGUGUAUAGUAGGUUCUGCCAUCUUGUGGGCUACAUCGGAACAAUAAACAUCACAUUUACGCCUCGCGCCAAAAAUCUGACGGCUCCUGUGCUGCCUCCUACAGUUCAUGCACGCUCCCUAUUGAAAAAUACUUCUAAGAAAUAAGUCACGGCAAAUAUGUCACAAUUAUAAAUCAUAUACGAUAAUUUACAUUCUUUUGCUUUAAUAAGUAAUUAAAUUCAAUUCUAUGUAUUUAUUUCAGACUCAGACUGACCAUAAAAAAAUAUAUAAUAAUAAUAAAAUUACAUUAAAAAUGAGAUAUAAUAGUUACUGAUUUUUAAAAAGCGUUUAGCAAUUAAAAGACAAGAUUGUUUACCUUUUUUCUAAUACUAAAAAAAAAAAAAAACAAUUAUAUAAAUGAAAGCUGCAGAUAAUAUAGAUAUUUAGGCAUUUUGUGACUUAAAUGACAUACGAAUUCUAAUUCUAGUACGGUUUUGGUACCAGGAUCACAGACUUCGAUGAAAUGCGGUACUUUCUCAUAGUUCUAAUCGGAACUAUAUGGUAAGGUGCCUAAAAUUUUUUUUCGCCUGCUUCUGGCGCUUAUUGUUGAAAAUGGACGAGGUGUGGGCGGUCGUGUGGAGCGAUUUUAAAUAUUUUGUAUGACUAGAAAUAAAAUAAUCUAUUACA